AAUUGAAUCACCAAUUUAGUCAAUUAAUCGUUUAACCCAUAGUAAUUUAUGAAAAAAUGUUAGUUGCCUGCAAAUUAGGACAAAGACUAGCAUCUAAUGCAACAUUAGUUUUGCUGCUUUCAGAAACCUAAUUUUCAAAGGUCAUCAUUUACAAACUUAAAUUUUCUUUGUUGAAGUGGCUCUGCCCUCUGCUGUUGUAUAAUGUGCAUACCUUCAUUCACUGGGUUGAGCCAGAAGAUCUAUACAGGUCCUUUGUAAAAAUGUUAAAGUACUGUUGCUUUUGUUUUUUUCUUGUCUCCUUGAUGUUGUCACAAUAAUUGAAGUAUUUCCAACAUCUUUACAGAAACUUCGUCUUUCUAAAUUUUUUCUUUUGCACAGUUCACAUAUCUGGUCUGAUGAUAAUUACAGUGGUUAGACGUUAAGACAUUACAGCAGAUUCUCUGAGUAACAGGAAACCUCCAGUCCUGCACUUUAAAAUGUUUAUCUAUACACUUUUUUAGACAUUACAGCAUCAUAAUUAGAAGAAACAGGCAUUUAAGGGAGUUUAGCACCAUUUCCUCGGUUAACACCUAAGUACUUCAUUUAGAACAGAUGUUUUAGGUUAAUUUUUUUGCGUUUCUUUCUGCCAUAUGAUUGGUUAGCUCCUUCUGCGAGCAAUACAUAAGUCCACGCUCCCAUCAAAAAAACGGCAGUGAAUUUACCCCCAAAGCACAUGCGCUUCAGGUCCUUAUUGAUUCACUGGAAAAAGCUGAAAGUAAUUGGAACUUUUAAGCUUAGAAAUGAUUAUCAUAUUGCUACUGUCAUGUAUCACCCUACUGGUGUCUGCUGUACCGGUUGCCCCAAACACCCAUGCCCGCAUGCUGCCACAAGGAGGAGCCACUCAAAGAAUCCAUCCUGUUCAGAGCACAAACCAUAAACCUGAGGUUCAGACUCCAGCUCCUCUUUCUCCCAUCCAAGAACAAGCACAAUCUGGGAUUCCCCAGCAGCCAGAUCCCCAGGCCGUCCUCGAGCCCAGCCCCUCAUUGCCACAGCACACCUGGUAUCCACAGGGGGGCAGCACCCCAAUCAACCCCAUGCCUCAGAAUGUGCCCCCAUUUCUACCUGCCAACCAUCUCACACUAGGACAGCUGCCUCUGCAGAUGUUUCCACCUUAUGGUUUCUAUCCACUAUUCGCUCCACCCUAUGGCAAUCAGAUGUUCUCUCCUUAUGGCUUUCCAUCGAUUCGCGAGUCACCUUUUCUUCAAGCUCCAACACAGCAGCUGCAGAACAAUCCGGCACCGCCUGCAGAAAAUGUAGUUCCUGUAGGAGCUGCACCUCAGCAGACACAGCAACAGAACCCACCGAUUGUAUACAUGUUACAGCAGCCCAUGAACCCUGCAAUUGGAGGUCUUAGCUCAGAGGAACUUGAGAUGCAGGCGAAAUUGAACCAGAUGAGCGUGUACAGUGUGCUCACAAACCUGCCUGCAGGUGCUGGACCUGUGCAACCCGAGAACCAAGCCGCUGGACUAACAAACCCUGGGGAGCAAGGUGCCACGCCACAUGUGGGAGGCUCGGCAGCAGGAGUUCGCUCAUUACAGGGCCCGGCAUGCUCCAGAUCACUGCUGAACUCCAACAGUGUGCCUGCAGGUGUGAAGACUGCAGUGCCUGAGGCUAACGCCGUCCAGACUCAGAAUCACGCCAAGAGUCUCCCCACAAAUCGAAACUUAGUCCGUAGCAAAGCUAACUGAUAGGAAACAAGAAAGUGCUCAGUGUAAUCUGUGUCUGUCCAAGUGAUGUUCAUAUGUUAUUGUUGUUGCCUUUCAAUAAGUAGAAUGAAAUAAAAAAGAAGCACAAGACAAACCAAA